AUGGAUCAUUUUGGGGAACCUUUAGACAAACCAGGCGUAUCGCCGUUCAACCCAGGCUCUUCCACAAACACUACCAAUUCCUCUAACACCGUGCACUCCUCCUCAACAUCUGCCACUGAGUACCCGCUCGACAUUUCACUGAAAUACUACGAGCAGAGCCAGAGCCAACAACAACAACAACAACAACAACAACAACAUCAGCAGCAGCAGCAGCAGAGCCCGAAUCCUCAACAGCAGCAGCACCAACAUCCACAAAAUCAACAAAAUCACCAACACCUUCAAAAUCAUCACCCAAAUCAUCACCAAAAUCACCAUCAACUCCAAAAUCAUCACCAUCCAGGCCUCCAAAAUCAUCUCGUCCAGCCUCCGUAUCAGCACCCACAGCCGUUCUAUCCUUCCAUUUCCUCCGUUCCUUCCGUUCCCUCCCACGCCCUCUACACAGCUGGCCUGAUAAGAGUGGCCCAGUUCUCCGAGCCCGCUCCUGCCAACAUGAACAACUACCCGGGCCAGUAUCAGCCGUACCAUACGAGCCCGCUUCCCGGGCUGAGUCUGGAGGACCUGAGGCUUGUUUCCCAGGACGCCUUAUCGUCUGUGCGAGACAUGCAACGAAACAAGGCGGGCAGUUUCUAUGGCCUGAAUCGAGGAGCCACUGGAGCAGACUCCAGCAGUGCUCCAGCCACAGAGUCUACUUUGGAUCUGUAUAAUGGUCAGCAACAGCAUCAGCAGCAUCAGCAGCAGCAACAGCAUCAGCAGCAGCAGGAGACGCAGCUGCUGCCUCAUCAACACAGUGGUUCCAAUUCUUUAAAAAAAGAGAGCCACGGCCUCGUAUCGCUUAUACCUCCUCCACACGUGCAACAGAAAAACGCCGCCAAGGACGACGCAGAGACAGAGAGAAGCGCCAUCACCACCAAGUGCCUGCGGUGCAAGAAGGAUUUCGUGCAGAGCUUUGUCAAGCCGGCAAAAGGGAAAGACGUCGGGGCCGAGCCGAAAAUCUUCAAGUUGUGCCAUCACUGUAGAGAAUUGCAGCGACAGAGAUCAAGGCGGUGGCAGAAGAAGACUAAAGACAAGCAGGGGGCUUGCAGAAGGUGCGGUGGGGUGAUUUCUGAGGAAGAACGUAACUUUGUGCUUUGUCCGCAGUGUCGCCAGAGCCUACGAGUUCGAAAAGCCAAUCGUGCUGCUCAGGGUAAGUGUGUCCACUGCUCAGGCCCGCUAGGCGCUCCGCUAGACCCAUCUUUGGCCGCCCUGGCGUCGCCGGGCCAGUUCAAGGUGUGUCAGCGGUGUCGAGAGAAUGACAAGAUUAGACGUACAAACCUUGAGCGCAUGGGCAAUUGCAACCGGUGUGCCAAGGCGUUGGACCCAGCGCUCCAAGGGAAACAUAAAGUGUGCACUGCUUGUCGACAAAAGAAGAAGAAACGGUCGCUGUCGUCGCCUUCCGAGCUGUCGAGCGAUCUCAAUGGCGCAGGCAUGAUGUCAGAUCCACAGCAGCAGGUGCCUGCCAUGAACUUUGUUCCAGGCCAGGCAGCCAUGAUGAUGCCCAAUCACAUACAGAACAUGUCUGGCGGCCAAAUAAACCAGAUGCAAAACCAAAUCCCAGGACAAAUGGCCCAGUACCCAAUGGGCCCAAUGGGACAGAUGAGCCAAAUGGGCCAAAUGAGCCAGGAUUUCUUUGGCCAGUAUCAGCCGGUGGUCCAGCCGUUGCAGCAUCCCAUGGCCAUGCCGCAGGCCCUGGACCAACAGAGCCAGCAGCAAAUGCCUCUGUUCAGCGCUCGUGGCCGUCUCCAGUAG